AUGGGAAGAUUUGGAAAUCAAGCUGAUCACUUCCUUGGAGCCUUCGCUUUUAGUAAAGCUCUAAAUAGAACUUUAAUUUUACCACCAUGGGUUGAGUACAGAUAUGGAGAAACAAAAUCAAUUCAGGUUCCUUUUGAAACAUACUUUGACAUUCAAUCGUUAAAAUCUUACCAUAAUGUAGUUUCAAUGGAAGUGUUCAUGGAUCAAAUAGCUUAUAAUAUUUGGCCUUCAGAUAAAAGAAUAUCAUUUUGCUAUACACCAAGAAUUGGUGACCAGGAAAAUAGUUGUAAUGCUAAAUCAGGAAAUCCUUUUGGACCAUUCUGGGAUACCUUCAGCAUAGAUUUUGUUGGUUCUGAGUUUUAUGGACCCUUAAAUUAUGAUGCCUAUAAUAAACAAAUGAUUAAAAAGUGGUUAGAUAAAUACAACCCCUCAAAGUGGCCAGUUUUGGCUUUUACAGGUGCUCCAGCUAGUUUCCCAGUGCAGGCAGAAAAUGUUCAUUUACAUAAAUAUGUCAAAUGGAAUGUUAAGAUGAAGGAGAAAGCUAAAUCAUUUAUUAAGCAAAAUAUGAGGGGUGGUGGAUUUUUGGGUAUUCAUUUAAGAAAUGGUCAAGAUUGGGUGAGAGCUUGUGACCACAUAAAAAACAGUCCAACAUUAUUCUCCUCCCCACAGUGUGUCGGGUACAAGAACGAAAGAGGACCUUUAACAUUUUCUAUGUGCCUACCUAGCAAGAGUGAAAUUAUUAAGCAAGUCAAGAGAGCAUUAAAAAAAUAUGGAAAUAUUAAAUUUAUUUAUGUUGCAUCAGACUCAAACCAUAUGAUAGAAGAAUUCAUUAGUGCCCUUAAAGAUUUUGAAAUUACCUUUACUAAGUACACCCCUAGUAAUCCUCAUAUGGAUUUAGUAAUAUUGGGACAAGCAAACUAUUUCAUUGGAAAUUGUGUAUCCUCAUACUCAGCUUUUGUAAAGAGGGAAAGAGAUUCUAAUGGUUUGCCAUCUGAGUUUUGGUCUUAUCCAAGCAGAAAGAAACUCAAACAUGAAGAAUUAUGA